CGAAAGAAAGUGAAGAGAAACAGCACGAGACAUAAAGACGAUCGUUGUCCAGAGUCACACGGGGCUGUCGCUGCUGGAACAUUUGCAACAAUGGCCGCCAAAGUGGGCGACAUCGAGUUCGAUCGACGUCAGAUCAUUGGAUGGGGACCGAACGGCACAGUCGUUUUGCGUGGCCGUUUAAACGGCGCCCAACAACCGGUGGCCGUCAAACGUUACCUCACCAAACAGCUGAAAUGGAACGCCAGUGAAUUCGAACUGUACCGAAAAGAGGACCACCACAAUAUCCUACGUCUUUAUGACGUCACAUCCGACCAAUCGGGUUUCACCUAUUUGGCUUUAGAACUGUGCGUCUGUAACUUGGCUGAUUACCUGGCGGGAAAGUACAGAGGACCGACCCUAUCCUCACGAAACAUUCUACUGCAGACGACGCAAGGAGUAGAGCAUUUGCAUUCGUUGGGAAUCGUUCACCGUGGACUGAAACCCAACAACGUCCUCAUCAAUUGGCCGAAUGACGAAUGUGACGACAUUCAAAUCAAAUUGUCGGAUUUCGGUGUGAUGGCCAACUCGUCGGGUGACAGCUGGCCUUGCGGCGACAUGGCCAGCGUUGAAGGUUGGCUGGCCCCCGAACAGAUCAAAAUGCCAGUCGGUGGCGGACGGACGAUGGAAAAGACCACAGGAUCGCUAUUGCCAACGAGUGUCGAUAUCUUUGCGCUCGGCUGCCUCUUUUUCUGCGUUUUGACGAGCGGCCAGCACCCAUUCGGAUCGCCUUCAUAUUUCCGCGAUCAGAGAGCAUUGGCCGGUAACUACGAAUUGGCGCCACUAGUACAACAAAUGCCUGUCGCCGCCAUUUUGAUAGAAAGAAUGAUCCAACGAGAUCCAGAUUACCGACCUUCAAUCCAAGAAGUUUUAGCACAAUCCAAGUUUUGGUCGCUGGACAUUUGAUCAAUUUUUUGUUUUCCUUUUAUCAAGGAUAAUUGAGACGAAAAUAAAUUCCUCCCCUUUAAGAAUUUCUACAUGUACAAUGGCGCACUAUACAAGUAAAUGGACGAUUGCUUUUGUUUACGCCUUUACACAGAAAUGACAAUGACCUCAAGUAGUGUACGUUUUGGGCUAUUCUAAUCCAUCAUUUCGAGAGCAAUCGAAUUGGAACGUCCCAACGAUUCUCCAUGUUGUGUCCACCAAAAAUUGCAUAGUUCCGACAAAAGACAAAUAAAAGAGUGCAACACA